AUGGGAACAAAGAGAGGUAAUUCCCCAAUGAAUGUUUUGUUUGAAAGGCUGAGGAAGCAGUCUAUAAAAGUGAAGAUCCUUUUGGGGGCAUUGCUUGCUGUUUGUGUUUUGGUGGCUUUAAAUUUCAUCAUCAAAGAUCACUACUAUUUCUUCAUAGCCUCUGCAGCAACCCAUGCUGCUGGAAUAAUUGCCCUCAUAUACAAGCUCUUUGCCCAGAAGACCUGCUCUGGUUUAUCACUCAAGACCCAAGAGCUCACUGCUUUAUUCAUAGCUGCAAGAUUUAGUUGUAGCACCUUUAUGGUGGCUAACAUCCACACUGUGCUAGAUUUGAUAUCACUCUUGUCAACUUUAUUGGUUAUAUGGAUGAUAAGAUUCAAGUUAAAGUCAUCUUAUAUCAAAGAGCUUGACAACCUGCGACUUUCCUUUGUGGUGGUUCCUUCGGCAAUCCUUGCGAUACUAAUACACCCUUUUACAACUCAUUGGCGUUUUAUUCGAGUCAUUUGGGCUUUCAGUUUGUAUUUGGAAGCUGUUUCUGUUCUCCCUCAACUUCGUUUUAUGCGGAACGCAAAGAUGAUUGAAACAUUUACAGGAUAUUAUGUAUUCGCUCUUGGUAUUUCAAGAUUCUUGGCAUUGGCUCACUGGGUUAUUCAGAUUUAUGAGACAAAAGGGUCAUUUCUAUUUUUGGCUGGGAGUGGCUACUUCUGGUUCUUGGCAGCUUUUCUGGCAGAGAUGGUUCAAUCGUUGAUCUUGGCCGACUUCUGUUAUUAUUACAUGAAGAGCUUCAUGAAAGGACAACUUAUGAGGAAAAUGCCUGUUUAAGGAUCUUCAUUCAAUAGUUUGAAUAAGAGUUAAGCACUUAGUAAGGC